UGCAGUUGUACCAUUCCUCACAAGGAGGCUGCCCUUGCAAACUGUGAUGAAGUUGAUCCUAUUGCUAAGUCAAUAGGGGCUGUAAAUUGCAUUAUAAGGAAACCUGCUGAUGGGAAAUUAUUUGGCUGCAAUACUGAUUAUGUUGGUGCAAUUUCUGCUAUUGAGGAUGGCUUGCGAGGUUUACCUCAUAAUCCUGUUGAUGGACCCUUGGCUGGUAAAAUAUUUGUGGUAAUCGGUGCUGGCGGUGCUGGCAAAGCACUUGCUUAUGGUGCAAAAGAAAAAGGUGCAAAGGUGGUGGUUGCUAAUCGCACCUAUGAGCGAGCGAGAGAGCUGGCUGAUAUAGUUGGAGGACAGGCUUUGUCUCUUGCAGAACUUAGUACUUUCCAUCCAGAAAAUGGCAUGAUUCUGGCAAACACCACCUCCAUUGGAAUGCAACCGAAGAUUGAUGAGACACCGGCUCCGAAGGAAGCUUUGAGUUGCUAUUCACUAGUUUUUGACGCUGUCUAUACUCCAAAAAUUACUAGAUUGUUGCGGGAAGCAGAAGAAUGUGGUGCAGAAAUUGUUACUGGAGUAGAAAUGUUCAUAGGGCAAGCAUACGAACAAUACGAGAGGUUCACUGGAUUGCCCGCACCAAAGGAACUGUUUAAAAGUAUCAUGUCAAAAUAUUGAAAGCAAGGUUUUGACAUCUCAAUCAUGUACUGGCAUGCAUCACCUCGUUUCUUCUUCGCCUAAGAUUUGAAAGCAUUGUUAUCCACUGAGAGAGAACAGGGAGAAACUCCCACACCCCUCAUUUCUUCAUCUUCUGCUCAGAAAUAAGUAUUCUAGAACUACUAUCAGUACUAUGUUGAAAUUUUAAAGUUUUAUCAUAAAAUAAUUAUUCAUUUGAGUCC